GUAAACAGUAAUCAUGUUACAACCCGGAAGAAAUGUCUUUCUCUGAAUAACGUUAGUAUAGCAAAAAAUGAGCACUAUAUAUAUUAGAAAGAGCUGAAUAACGGUAGAGCUGCAGAAGUCUUUCGUCUGUUGAUGUUUUUACUUGUGUUCUAAUCUCUGGUCUGGAGGCGGCAACGCCCUGAUGCCCUCGGGGAACAAUCCCCUCGCUCUGUUUACAACCAGUCCGUUUGGAGAAGCUGCUUCCCCGCAGUGGGUCGUUAGCUAAGCGGUGCUGCCGUGAGUGUCGUUUAGAAGGGGGGAAAAUGGCUGAACUGCAUGUGGUGGAACCGAGUGGAACAGCGACUAUAGAGCAGCCCGAUCAUCGAGACGUUCGGGGCUCGAUGCGCUUAGCGUCGCCCACUCUCAUGGUUCCUCCGCGGAGCAGCAACCAGCUUAGCCCCGGCAGUGGAUGCAGCGGUAGGUCGGUGUUCGGUUUCCCGCUAAAGAGUAACUCGGGCUCACCGUCCGAACCGUUAGACAAGCCGGGCUCACGCUGGGUUCGGCUUAACGUUGGUGGGACCUACUUUAUUACGACCAAACAGACAUUAUGUAGGGAUCCAAAGUCUUUUUUGUUUCGAUUGUGUCAAGAAGACCCGGACCUUGAUUCAGAUAAAGAUGAGACUGGAGCCUACCUUAUCGACAGGGACCCCACCUACUUUGGCCCCAUCCUGAAUUACCUUCGACAUGGAAAGCUGAUCAUGGAUAAGAACCUGGCUGAGGAAGGCGUUCUCGAAGAAGCCGAGUUCUACAACAUCGCCUCCCUGGUGAGGCUGGUGAAAGAGAGAAUACGGGACAACGAGAACCGAACAUCUCAGGGCCCUGUGAAGCAUGUUUAUCGAGUACUGCAGUGCCAAGAGGAGGAACUCACGCAGAUGGUCUCAACCAUGUCGGACGGUUGGAAGUUUGAGCAGCUCAUCAGUAUCGGCUCCUCCUACAACUACGGAAACGAGGACCAGGCGGAAUUUUUGUGCGUCGUUUCCCGGGAGCUCAACAACUCUACAAACGGCAUCGUUAUCGAGCCGACGGAGAAAGCCAAGAUCCUUCAAGAACGAGGCUCCCGGAUGUGAGGAGACGCCGCCUCAGAGCAGAAUAAGAGCACCAUCAAAAACAGAAGCGCACACACCCGUUUUCAUCAUCCAUCCUAGGACGGCAGCGAUCAGUCAGCUCCCCUCUCCUCCGGCGUGCCUUUCUACAGCGGAGGCUCCGCCUGGCUCCUCCUCCUUUUCACUGUUGCAAGGCGGCCCCUCCUUCCUCUUCUCCUUCCUUCUCCUGUUUAAAGAUGCGACAAGUGAGGGAUACUCCUCUCUGCGGUUCAGGAUGCGACGAUGAAUCUGUGUUGAUCUAAUUGGAUGGAUGUAAAGAAUAAAACUGUAUUUGCUUUAUCGGCUUUUAUCAGAUAGGAUGUUCGCCAUCUGUCACAGAUUUGGAUCAAUUGAGCAGAAACUCCUCAGGACCCUCUCGCGAGUAUGAAGGAAAUAAAAGGACUCCAUUUUUAUUUUAGAGGCAAACAGUGGCUUGAAGAAGCAGAUCUCCUCUUCUAGACUCCAUGGCAGGUUGAGGUGGAGGCAGAGCGGCUAAAGGCAGCAUCUUCUAGAAAAAGAACAAAGAGACAUGCAUCCAUCUGUGCAAAUCGGGAAUAUUUCGACACAAAAGAAAAUAGAUGACUC